CGCAUCGUGGCUUUUCAAGAAGAGGACUAUACGUUGCUCGAUUGCGAUCUUCGAUCUCAACUGCAAAUCUCCCUACAUCGCUACCCAAAGACUGACUCACGAUAGACACGCUGCAAUGCACGAUCACGGUCUAGUGGUCCUUGCCCCAUUGCCGCCAAAUGGGCCACACACUGUAGAUAUCGUCAUGGUGCAUGGUUUAAAUGGCAACCGUACAAAGACAUGGACUCAGGAUGGCUGCUGUUGGCCACGGGAUCUACUUCCCAAAAAGAUUCCCACUGCCAGAGUCCUGACCUUUGGCUACGAUGCCAGUUUUGCCAGGAACUAUUCGACGUAUGGCAUUCGAGAACAUGCCACCAUGCUGCUUGCUCGCCUUAGAGACAAUCGGGAAGAACGUGACGACGUAGAUCGGCCUUUGAUCUUUGUUUGCCAUAGUCUCGGCGGCAUCGUUGUAAAACAGGCUCUGCUCAUUGCGUCAAUCGAUCAAGCGUACUCUAGCAUCUCGAGAAGCACAACAGGAAUUGUAUUCAUGGGAACUCCUCAUCGUGGAUCCAGUGUCGCGGACUGGGGUAGUAUCCUUGCCGGCAUAGCUAGAAUUAUGUUUUUGAAACCCAAGAGACAGCUUCUCGACGACCUCAGAUCGAACAGCAGGACACUCAGCGACAUCUCGGAAGACUUCCUCAAGAUCGUGUCUCGUUAUAGUAUCAAAAGCUUCUACGAGGAGAACAAGAUGAAGAAUCUUGUGAUGGUCGUCAGCAAAGAUUCGGCCACGAUGAAGAUCACCCAAGAAGAAGCGAUACCAAUCGAAGGCGAACACAAAGAAAUUUGCAAGUUUUACGGUGCUGAUGAUGCAAGAUUUACGGCCGUGUGCAAUGCAAUCCGGCGUCUCGUCCCACAAGAGGAAAAUAAGCCCUUGACAGCCGAGCAAGUGAAUAUUCUGAAGAGCCUGCCUGGCCCGAAUGUCUACGAAAUACUGGAGACAGUAGAAGAGCCAUGUCAAGGAACGACAGACUGGGUUCUUUCCAAUCCUCAAUUUACUGAGUGGCUAACAUCCACUGAAUCUCAUGUCCUACAUGUCGUUGGCAAGCCUGGGAGUGGUAAGUCUGUCCUAGCAGCAUUUCUUUUCCAGUCUGGGAUGCGCCAAGUCCUGAACCACCACGCCUUCUACUUCGCCUUCGGCGACGGUCGAUGCGCAGCGGCCGCUUGGGCUUCUCUGGCACAUCAAAUGCUCCUAGAAGACUCUUCUUUAUUUUCUAAAGUUUUCACCCAGCCCGGCCAAUCGAGACGUUUUUCUGCAGGUCUUGAUGCCAAGGUCUGGACAGCAUCUAGGUUAAAGCAGAUAUUCGAGCGACUCCUCCUAGAAUUCAGACACUCGUCGGUAUACAUUAUUGACGCCUUGGACCAAUGCGACGAGACCAUGGAGAAGUUUGUUGCAUCAUUCACGGCAGCCACCCAAGGACAUGCAGCAGGCAAAGUAAAGUUAUUAGUUUUAAGCCGUCAAGGGCUAGCCUCAUCGAACCUUACUGCAGAGUUUCUCAACCUGAUGAGCUUUGAUCUGGACGACCAGAUCGAACAUGGCCAUGCUAUUAGAACGGCCAUUAAGCAGAAAGUAGAUGAGUUAUGCAGGAGGCGAGGCUGCCAGCAACUAGCGGACACCAUCACUGAGAAGCUUUCACUGACUGCGCAGGGCAUGUACCUGCUCCCCAUGAUGACAGUCAGCUUACUGAAGAAGAUCCACGCAACCCAUCCCAAUAUCAUGGAAGAACUAAACAGCUUUCCCGAAGACCUUAUGGCUGCGUACCGAAAGGCCUUGGACAACGUGAAGGAAGACGACCGACAACUUGCGGCUUCAUUGCUUCUUUGGGUUGUCUUCGCCGUCCGGCCGUUGAACAUUCGAGAGCUCUCCUCAGUCAUUGCAUUAGAUGAUACCAUGGAGACAGGCUGGGACAUUGUGAGGAAUACGAGCUUCGAUCUCCUCGGCACAGCAGGCGUGAUUGACCUUCUAGGACCCAUCCUGAAAGUCUCAAAAUCGAAUGGAAAUUUCUACAUUUCUCUGAUUCACCAUUCGACACGUGAGUUCUUCCUGUCCUCCAACCAUGCAGAAGAUAGUUCCCGUGGCUCUGGCCCACCACGUUGGAUAGUUGAGGCGUUUCAGGGUUCAAAACGACCACUGGAAACGGCAAAGGAACUGCCAAGCCGGGCCAACAGAACUCUCGCAAAUCGGUGCUUCCAAUAUUACUACUUGACUACCCAGUCAAAUACAAAAAUGGGCGGCGAGAGGAUCAGAGGCAUGAUGCAAUACAUAAGCCUAGGGCGCCGAGCUGAGCUGAAUUUGAAUAUCGAAACUCAUUCACCUCUUGAUCUGGAUCGAAGGAGUCCGGAAGACCAACUAGUCAAACUCGAAGACGAAAGGAUAUACAAUACAAUACUUAAAUCGCAAACGAGUACACAAACGGCCUCAACGACUACGUGCACCGAAACCCUGGAAUCAGAUGCAGGACCUCUUUUACAAAGGAAGGGGCUAUUUAUGUGCGAAGAAGAGGCCCCGAUGAUUUGCUCAGCUGAGAGCUUAUAUCACCACCUUGAACUUAGCUUGGGAGGACCCAGGUUCCCAACAAGGGAGAUGCCGUGGCAUCAAAUGUCUGCGGCAAUUCCAUACAAGUUUAAGCUCCCUUCAGAGUUGGUUCGGGGCCAAGACAAGGACUCCGAAGUUGGCAUGUCUCUUGGUGAUGACGUAUUUGAAGAGUUCCCAGCACUCAAAUACUGCAUUGAGAACCUCCCUGAGCAUGUGCGACUGGUUGAGUCCUCAAACAUUCCGUUUCAUAGAUCGUUUGCGGCAUUUCUGCAUUCAAAACUCGGUGGGGACUGGAUAUAUAGCUUUUGGGCAACUCGCGAUCCGGAGCAGGAGUAUGGGAGACAGCAUGCUUUGCACUUCGCAUCCACUCUGGGCCUCGAGCCGGAAGUCAAGUCACUGCUGGCAUCCGGUAUAAGCGUCAACCAACGGGAUCAGUAUGGUAACACCGCAUUAGAUGUGGCCACAAGCACAGGCGUCGUCGACAUCAUACGGUUGCUCUACGAUAUCGGCCAAGCAGACAUUCAUGCGAGGCAAAUGGUAUCAAGCGCACAGAACCCAGCUCUGCCUCUGCAGAACAACGUUUUGCACACGGCGGUGUGGUACGGACACAAAGACGCUACUGCGUACCUUCUCAGUGUCGGGGCGAAGGUACUAGUGCCCGACUUGAGAGGCUGUACCCCUUUAGACAUCGCUGUUGACGCUAGGAAUAGCCAACUUGUGAAAUUAUUGAUGGAUGAACCAAGUACACUUGAGGUCAUCCACUUUGCUGCCAAACGAGGCCGGCUCGAGACCCUGAAGUGGCUGAUUGAGGAGGAGAAUGUUGAUCCUUGCAUCAAGACCUUCCAAGGGAAUACCUCGCUCCAUAUCGCUGCUCAGCACAACCAAGCUGCCUGUGUCCAAUACUUGGCUCCUAUAACCCUGUCUGUCCCCGAGCAUGUCUACAACCAAGACGGUCUACACGCGUUUCACAUUGCCGCAAGGUCUGAAGCCAGGGAUGUUCUAGAAGUCUUCAUAAGUCGUCGGUUUUGUGAUAUAAAUAUCGUCGACACAAAUUCCCGUACCGCCCUUCAUCAUGCCUGUCUAGCAGGGAAGGCCGCGGCAGUGGCAUUCCUAAUUCUCAAGGGAGUCGACACUGCACGAGUUGAUACAAAUGGCUAUACGGCACUGGAGCUCUUCCUAGCUGAAAAGAGAAUUAGAUACUCCAACCAGCAAAGGCGAGAAAUCAUGAUAGCCUUCAACGAUCCACGUAUGCGAGACAAUCAGCCAAGAAAAGGUGGCAACCUCCUCCAUGUGGCUCUAGAAGCCAGUCCCCCGGAGCAGGACGGAGACCUACCAGAAGGGGACGCAGUUAUAGAAAUACUUCUCGAUUGGGGCUUGAAUCCAUACGAGACAGAUUCGACAGGGAGUACGGCCCUACAUCUCGCUGCAGUGUGGGGAGGCAAUCGGCUUCUUCGACUGUUGGAAGUUUGUGACUGCGUUAACAUACAAAAUCACCUUGGGCAGACCCCGCUCCAUGUUCUCCUUACCACCAGGUCGUCUUCCAGAGUUUCAACCGACAGCGCAAAAGCCCUCCUAGACCGAGGGACAAAUCUAGAGCUUCAAGACCACAAAGGGCGAACUGCGGUUCACUAUGCCGUACACCAGUCUGAAGCAGUAUUUGUUUUAGUCACAGAACAGGGGAAGGCUCUUAAUCUGCAAGACAAUGAAGGGAAGACUCCACUCCAUAUUCUCAUGGGCAGUCCAUACUGGGAAGUACCGAGCCAAUUCUCAAAGCUACUACGCCUCAUUGAAGGAGGCGCCGAUCUUCAAAUCCAGGAUAAACACAAGAGAACACCCUUGGAUACCUACAUCUGGAGAGUUACAGAGAGCGACAGCAAGUAUGAUGCCAUGCACGACGAAGUAUUGACCAUACUUGUGAAACAUGGUUGCAAGUUAGUUGACUACAGCGAAGCCACGAGAGUAACGCUCCUCAGGAAGCUAGUGCUCAGAAGGUUCAUGGACGAUGCGCGUCUGGUUCUUGCAUCUCUGAGCCCUCUACCACCAGAUGUUUCUCUAGAAAUGCCAGAAAAAGCUUCAGUUGGCAUAACUGGCAUUGACCCUGAACUUCUUUUCAAGAACGUGUCUGAGAAUGAUAAGGCAGACUUCCUGCAAUUCCUGGUGUCGAAUGGCGCGUCAGAUGACCAGAUUCUGCCAUUCUUCAAACUUUUCAACGAAACUGAUUUCACCAUUAAUCAACCGAAACGGUCUGAGAGAUUCAAGGGGGAAUUGCGGCUGGCCGUCCGCCUUGCCAUCGAGCGAGAACAUGCUGGUAUAGUAGCUUUCAUGGAAGGCGUUGUUUUACAGGCGGCAAUUACCAACGACCUGCCCACUCUGCGGAGCUUUGUCGAAGACUUUGGUGCGAACGCCGAAGCUGUCGACCCCUGGAACCGGACGGUGCUAUCUUUGGCUGCGGAGAGAGGGAAUUUGGACAUGGUUCAAUACCUCCUGAGUAGGAAUGUGCCAACCGAGUCUCUUGACAAUUUCGGAAGGACGGCCUUGUAUUGGGCGGCAAGGUCUGGACGACUGGACGUCGUUAAGGCACUAGCUGAACACGGAGCGAUUUUAACAGACUUUGCUGUCGAAGUCGGCGCGGUCUAUGGAUAUGAAGCAAUUACAGGAUAUUUAAGAGAGUUCGUGAAGUUAGGUGACAGCAGUUAAGAGUUCGAGUUGGUAUUAGUAGUAAUUAAUAAAGCA